AUGGGCGAUGUAGACACUUGCGAGAAGGACCAGACCACCUGCGGCCGGAGUUACACCUACACCACGGGGACCGAAAUCAUGCACGGAACCACACACGAGGACACUACCGAGGUCGGCUGGUCCGAAUUUGUUGUCUUCUCCAACAGCUUCUCCAACGGUUGGGAGGAGAGUACAACUGAGAGCGAGUCGUGGUCGAACACCAAGAACAUUGCCCCAGAACCCGGUCAUUCAGGAUAUCCUACCUUCCAGCCUCUAUACAUCUGCGCAAAGGCAACCACCGAGGGAGACUGUUCCGAUGUCUCGUUCAAUGGAGACACGGUCUGCAUGCAGAAGUAUCUCCCAAACAACAUCCCUGAUGGCCACUGGCUCAUUGUCACGACUGACUAA